AUGUACCCUUCCAGAUUGCGGGCAGCCCAGCAGCUGUCGCGCCAAUGCGCGCGCUCGUUUACCACUUCCGGCCGUCAAUUGUAUUCGUCGUCGACCGUCCCGGCGCCCGAGAAGAAUGGAGAGAAGACUGUCGAAAUUACGCCGACUAAACCGGCCGCCGUCGUGAAGCAGGCUCCCAACCGCGCGGAGGUCUGGUCCAAGAGUCAGAAGCCCCGCUCCGAGGCCAUGACCGGCCCCCGUUUUGAGCAGACCAACUUUGAUCUCCAGCCUCAACCAUGGGCCGCCAUAGAGCUCAUCCACAAGCAACCUGUCAAGUGGGUGCAUGAGCGUAUCGUCGCAUGCGAUGGUGGUGGUGGCCCUGCCGGUCACCCCAAGAUUUAUAUCAACACCGACAAGCCUGAGAUUGCCUCCUGCAACUACUGUGGACUUCCUUUCGCAAAUGAACACCACCGCAAACACCUCGAGUCCCUCCCCCAGACCUCCUACCCCCUUCAAUGA